CAAAUUGGGAAUUUUACAAAAGAUGCAAAAUAUUCAUUAAUCUAAGUAAAAUAUACACUCUUAAACCAUGUAUGAUUUCUUAAGGUUGAAAAAAAAAUUGAUAAGAUUUUAUAUAAAUGAUGUUGAAAGUACGAAAUGAAUUGGGUACGAAUAUUACUCAUGUGGUUAUACUUGGUUUUUAUUGUAAAUCACUAAUAAAUAUGGAGGCAUCCAUUACUGUUUUUUUUACCUUGAAUUUUGCCAAUUUUUGUGGUAAAUUUCAGUUUUAUUUAGGGAGUUUACCAGUCAUGAUUCAGGAUAUUUGCUGUUUAUUUUCUAUUGGGAAGGGUGCCGUUUGCAUGUAUCAGUUAUUUACGGGGGAAAAACGCUGUGGAAAAAACCUUAAGAGAAAUUUUAGCAAUUCAGAAUGUAGUUAUGUUUGACCUAAUUUAUAUGUUUUGUUAGGUCUCUUUCUGGAAAGGGAAAGUAUGUACAUGUACAAUCAUUAAAAAUUGUUGUAAAAGUUUAGAUAUUAGCAAACAAAACCAAGUCAUGAAAUAGGUAGAUAUGUGCUGACAUUUUAUAGUUAAAGAAAAUCACAGCCCUGUAUAUGUAUAAAAAAAUCUGCAAAUGUGAAUCCAUUUGUCUAAGCAAUAAAGACUUAUAUUGUAAAAUAUUGGUACAUUUUCAUCACUUUCUUUUGAAAGUUUGUUGGAAUGUUUGUGUUACUACAUUUAGAAUGUACGUGCUAGUUGAAUUCACUGAUGAAAAAUGUUUAGCUGUAAUUCCGGACAAACGGCGUGAUGGAACAAAAUGUGCUUUAUGGCCAAGCUGGAAGGUAUCUUCUAAAAUUACUAAAGCUGCAAUGAAGAAGAUGGAGCCGCAGGAUGAUUGGCAAUCCUUCCCAAUCCGUGAAUUGUACGAACAUGAAUCAUAUGAUAAGGUACGAAAGAAGCUGCGUGAAGCAGAAGAUGAAUCUGACCUAGCAACUGCCUUAGAGGCUAGUGAAGAUGAGGCAGAUUCAUACCGCCGAUCAAAGAGAAAAAUCAGAAAAACAAUAUUUUCUUCAUCUGAUGAAGAUGAGGACAGGCAUGAUUUUACUGCUGUUUCACGCAGUAAGAUAACAGAGGAAGGGUCUCAGGAAGAAGUUAAAUCUAUGCCUUUGACGGUUUCUUCAUCAUCACCACCGUCUUCCAUCUCACCACCGUCUUCCAUCUCAUCACCACUGUCUUCCAUCUCAUCACCACUGCCUUCAACAAAAUCGCCAUCUCUUCCUAAACCACCACCACGUAUCCCAUUGGCAACAACUCCAAAUGUGAAAGUUGGCUCAAAGACGCAAGAAACAGCAGCUCCAGAUGCAAAUAGAGAUCAUGUUCGCUUCUCAAGAGAAGUGUUCACUAGUAUCGAAAAAAUCAGAAUCGAACAAAACCAGCAACGCAGAAUGCUUGAAACUCUUCUAGAUAUGGUACAGGAGCUAGGAGCGUCAAAAGCGAGCAGCUCCAGUACCUUCAGUCUGCCUGAAGGUAUUACCCUUCCCCUCCAAUCUUUGGUGGAUGUUGAAGGUUAGAAAAAGAGUUGAGACAACAGACUGUUCUCAACAACAUGGUCAACUACCUGUCUUUGAUUGGCGGGAAAAACACACCAGAUAUGGUCAGGCGAAUUCUGAGCCAUGUAAUCAAAAGCCGUUUGGCAGAGAGUUACAACUGGUACGGAAAGAAAGGAAAGCUUAAAUUUGGAUCGUUGAAAAUAGCGGAAGUGAUUUGUAAGGCAGUGCAGAAGACCACACCAGGAACAACCACAGCAGAGGUCGAAUUUAUAACUAGAGAAUGGUUGAGGACAGCCAAAGACCGUGAGGGAGGUCGUAAAAAUAGAAAGGCAGCCACAAAUACCUCAAGUGAAAAUUUAGAAAACUGAGAUUUCAAAACUGUCCUCCAAAAAAGAUACAUAAUUAUACUUACAUGGACUGAUAAAACAUGAGAACAUUCAUUAGCAUUUAAAUACUGUUUUACUAGUUAUGCACCAUUUAUUUUCUCUCUUUUUCUGUAAAUCACCAAUUUGAAAGCUUUGAUAAAGCAUGUGGAAAAAAUCAUUGAUUUAAAAAUGUUAGUAUCAUGAAAUAUUGUGGGUCCCUUGCACUGACAGAAGUAGAUGUAAAUUUUUAUUUCAAAGUAUGUUUCCUUGAAAUAUAGAGGAUGUAGAAUGAGUAGGUUUUAUACUAAAUUUAUUGAACAAGUUGAAUAAAAUCAUUAUGCGAGCAUAAUAUUGUUUUAUUCAACGAGUUCAAUAAAUUAAGUAUUGAAUCUACAAAAAUAUAAUAUUCUAUUUAUCACAUAUUCAAAAAAAGAAAAGUUUAUUGUAGUGCUGUCAUAGAUUCAGUGCAAAGCAUAUUGACGAUACAUUGAUAUCGGCUGACUAAAUAUUGGCAUUACACCAAUAUAUCUAAAAAUACUCUUAUUUUCUUGUAUAUAAUACUUCUAUUUCAUACCUGUUUAAAUGAUUUAAGUAAAAUAGAUAGGUUGUGUACCUUUGCAUGAUUUUUUCCGGUUAUAUUUUGUCAUAACUGCUAUGAAAUGUGUCCAUUAUGGAGCAACAGCUUAGUGUCAGACACGGCCAUCUGCUUUUGUGCAUCUUUUUAGUGAAUUUUCAUUUUUUAUAGACCUUUAAACAAUCAAUUUUUUUUCAAUUUUGUAUUGAUUAUUGUUCGACAGAAAAAUAUCAAUGAUACAUCGAUAUUGUCUCUAUCGAUGACUGCUCUAGUUUACUGUUGCUUUAACGCCAUGUUUAUAGAUAGUGCAAAUGUGUCCCAUAAAAUUGUUAUUACACUAGUGUAAUAUCGGUUUAUUAAAUGGCUUUAUUACACUCCUGUGCCGCGGUUUAUGUAAUAAGAGACAAGAGGUUCUGUAUUUAAACUUUAUUUUUGUACUUGGACACACACACACAAAUAGUUAUUUUGCAGCAAGUAACUAUAUAGCUUUUUUGUUCCAGCUUGUUUUUCAUUUGAGUCAAAUAUUUAUGCAUUUGUUUUCAGAAUGUAAUAAUUAUUACCAUGUUUUUUAUUGCUUAAAAUGCCAACCAGUAUUAAAUUUUACAAUGAUUAACUUGUUUGACACUCUCUAUAUAUUUUAUUUUGUUGAUGAUUUAAUAUGUUUUACAUCAGUCUUGUGCCAAAUUUAUUAUAUGUUAUUCUUUGUGCCAAUUAAACUCAUUAUUAUUCAAUUUGAAAGUCAUUGAUUUUUACAUUCAAUGUUUCUCCAGAUAUAAAUUAAAUACCAACCAUAAAUUAAUUGUAAGGUUUGAAGAUAUUUAUUUUUCAAGUUUUUAAAUUCAGUAUUUUACCAUCUUGCUUGGAAAUUACACUCUUACAUAAAUAGUCUCAUCACAAGUUCAUAUUGAUGUAUUUUUAUCUUACGGAUAUAAAUAUUUGUAAAAUCUGCAUAAUUGAAUUAUAUAUUUGCAUGACAUAUCUUUUUUUAAUGUUAGCAGUUUGUUGAGGUUGUUUAUAUUCAUUAACAAUUUUGUUUUAUUUUAGUCAUGUUUGUUGUCCAAUUCGUUUAAAUAAGUCAGUUAUCUUUUACUGUUUUUUAGCUAGACUAUUCGAUAAGAAUAAGUAGAGCUAUUGUAGUCACCCGAGUGUCGGCGUUCGCGUCGGCGUAGCCACUUAUGUUAAAGUUUUUGUAAUAGUUCAAAUAUUUUCAAAGUCCAUUGACAUAUGGCUUUGAAACUUUGCACACUUGUUCACCAUCAUGACCCCAACCUGUAGACAGGAGGAGGUAACUCUGUCAAGCAUUAUGACAGAAUUAUGCCCCUUUUUCAACUUAGAAUUUAUGUUAAAGUUUUUGUAAUACCCAUAAUUUUUUCAAAAUCCAUUGACAUAUGGCUUUCAAACUUUGCACACUUGUUCACCAUCAUGACCCCCACCUGUAGACUGGAGGAGGUAACUGUAUCAAGCAUUUUGACAGAAUUAUGCCCCUUUUUCGACUUAGAAUUUAUGUUAAAGUUUUUGUAAUAGUUCAAAUAUUAUCAAAGUCCAUUGACAUAUGGCUUUGAAACUUUGCACACUUGUUCACCAUCAUGACACCAACCUGUAGACAGGAGGAGGUAACUGUAUCAAGCAUUUUGACAGAAUUAUGCCCCUUUUUCGACUUAGAAUUUACUUUAAAGUUUUUUGUAAUACCUCAAAUAUUUUCAAAGUCCAUUGACAUAUGGCUUUGAAACUUUGCAUACUUGUUCACCAUCAUGACACCAACCUGUAAACAGGAGUAGGUAACUCUAUCAAGCAUUAUUUUUUACUAUCAAGCACUAGAAUAGUCGAGCGUUGCUGUCCUACUGACAGCUCUUGUUUGUGUUCCUUGUUAAUUAUUUUAUGAUUUCAUAAUUUUUCAAAUAAACAGUUUUUUUCAUUAUUUGUAAACAUGUAUAUAUAUUGUUACUCUAGUCUUAAGGUAAUAUAUGUAUAAAUUGCUAUUUCUCUCCAAUUUUCAAAGGAAAAAAAAAAGAUUAAUUGAUAAGAUCUUUAAAGCAUCUCUAGUGUCUUUUACCUUUAUUUUGGGGCAUGUUUCUUUUGAUUGAUGCCAACAAAUAGGUAUACAAACUUCUUUCAUUUUAGGUAUUCUGUAACUGUUGUAAUCAGAAUAUAAACAAAGAUUCAUUGCAUUCAAAGUACUUAAAAUACAUUGCUUUAAACACUUAAAAAUAAAAUUUUGUCAUUUCCAUGCCCUUAAUUUUCAAAUUAAAACUGUUGAUAUCUCAAUAAAACAUGCAUUUUUCUUAUAUCAAAGUUGUCUUUCAACCAAUGUGCUUUAAAUGAUAAUAAUGUGAUCAAAUUUUGUCAUUGUUUAGAAUUAUUAAAAUUGAUUAUUGAAUUUAGUUCAUUUGUUGUGAUUUUGUUUCUCCUUUAAGGAAGUUAACAACAAGAAAUGUUUAAAUUGCAGGCUAUGCCAAAUGCCUGUUGCUUGUCAGA